AUGAGAGGGCGGUGAGACAAGUUUGAAAGAAGGGAGCGCUUGGGGGGGAUGUGUUUGGUUUGGUGGAUGGGAGAUAAUCGAAAACACACGCCCACACUCCUUUGGGACAACUUGGGGACAAGAUACACCACGGGAAGUGUCGUCCUUAGCGUUUUGUGUGGAAAAUUAGCAGAGCCACCGACACUCCCCUCCAAAAAGUAGUCGAGAGCAGUGAGGUCAAUUCCUUUCGUUUUGCUGCAGAUUGAAACCAUGUCUGGGGCGUGGGGGGAUAAGCCGUUGUUUUUUGCGACGUUAUUCAUAUGCACACACGUAGCCUAAACCUAGUAAACACUACCGACUUUCCAGUUUCCUGCAGGGCAGUGCAACAAAGCUAGCAAAGCAAGACAUAAUGCGAUGACGCCGCCUUUUACUGUCGUGUUUUCACGUGUGGCAGAGUUAAAAAACGAGAAUACCAGCAAGUGAUAUUCCAGCCGAGACACUUGAUGUUGAGCAGAUCACAGAUUCCUGGAGUCAAAGCGAGUGAGCCGCUACUAAAACAACUUCCAAAUGCUUGUUGUUCAUCCUUCACAAUUCAAAGGGACAUGUAGAACUAUCAGAGUUGAGAAAUGGCAGAAAAUAAUCUGGAAGCACUUGAGCUCUUUUAUGCUUUGGCUGGCUGAAGGCCAAAAACACACCCUCAUCCAUUCUGGACUAAUUGCUUCUUUCAGUCCACCCCGAUCCUUUCACUACCUGUAGUCCCGCCCACCUCACCGCCGCGCCAAACAGGUUGCAAUAAAACUGGCAAUUGGUCCAGUAAAGCGCUCAUUACGGCAUUUAUGAGACAUUUUGGGCGGGUGAGGGGGUGAAGGGUCAAUAUGAGGCCCUGGCACAUGGCGGCUGUCACUGUGGGUAGCGGCUGUGAUUAAAAUCAUCAUUUGGGUCCUCGACUUGGCUAAGUGGAGAACCUUGAAUAAGCCUCUGUACCGCUCCAAAGCGGGUGAAUGUCCACCACUGAGUUAACUGUGAAAUUCUACAUGAAAAAUGGUGCAAUAUCACACUCUCCAAUUGUUCUUUGUUGUUAUGAUUCUUGCACCAAAUAAAAUGACAAUUUAGGGCCAUUAAUGUUCAUAGAAAUUGAGUAUAAGGGUUGUUGACUAUAACUUUGGCUCAGUUGCACCCACUGGGAUUAAUUGAUGUCCUCAGGCAGUUUAAGUUAGCCGUGGGACUGUAGAUAGACAUGCAGGUAUAUCAUGAGAGCAGCACGGUGUCGCACUGCUAAACAGGAAGUGGCCCACCUCACAGUUCAGAGGUGCAGGAUUCAAUUGCGGAUCUGGCCUUUUAUGUGGGGCUUGCACACUGUCCCCAUGCCGUGCUGACGUGCCUGCGUGCAUGGUAGGCCGCUCCAAACUGCCCGGAGGUGUGAUUGUGUGUGUGAAUGUUUGUUCAUCUAUAAAGUUCAGGGUGUACGCCGUCGAGCGCCCAAAGACUGCUGGAAUAGGCUUCAGAGCGCCCACGACCCUGGUGAGGUCCAGGAGAUGCAUGGAUGGCUAUGUAUUAUUUGUAACUGUCCAUCCAUCCAUUUUCAACCCCGCUUAACCUGUACAGGGUCAGAACCUUUCCCAGCUGACAUCAGACUGCACCCUGAACUGGUCUUUUUUAUUUGAUCACUCAUUGUACAUUUGCAUGAUAUGUCUUCACAUAAAUGACUACAACACGUUCACAUGAAAUUAUACAACUCUGAUAACAUUGCAAGUCAGUUAAAUUGCGGCACAACGCGUGCACUUAAGCAAAACUGCAGAAAAAAAAAAGAAGAGCGGCAAAUUGACCAAAUGAUUGGAACCAGUGGAACGGCUGGGUGCUUGGGGUUGUGCCGGCCAAUCGCAGGCGGAAGGCGGAGUAAGUGACGUGAAAGCUCCAAGUCAAAGUUGUGCAAACGUGAAAUGUGCGGCUCAGCUCACACGGAGCGGAGGAGCUGGUCUCGCGCGGACCGACGCGUUGCAGCUGCCCAUCCCCAUCGCCGUGACAGACAGGCUAGGAUGAAGCAAAUCAAACACUUGCCGCUGCGGAAGAUUGUCGCAAGGGAUUGAACUUUACGCAGCGUCGCGAAAAAGGCGCACGAAUCGCUCACCUCGCUUUGCUUGCAGAAUUUAAGGUGAGAAGAAUGUUGAAAAUGACCGAGGAGCACGACAAGUGCGCGGGCGAGCAACCAUGCAGUCCCGCGGUCACCAGCAGCUCCAUGUCCCAGGACGAGUCUGACUCGGACGCGCCGUCCUCGCCGAUCGGUUCCGACGGCCACGCCGCCUCUUUGCUCGCCGGCUUAGGCAAGAAGUUGGACUCUGAAGACGACGAGCGCUUCCCGGCUUGCAUACGGGACGCCGUGUCGCAGGUCCUCAAGGGAUACGACUGGUCCCUGGUGCCCAUGCCGGUGCGAGGCAACGGCUCCCUGAAGAGCAAGCCGCACGUCAAGAGGCCCAUGAACGCCUUCAUGGUUUGGGCUCAGGCGGCCCGCAGGAAGUUGGCCGACCAGUACCCGCACCUGCACAACGCCGAACUGAGCAAGACGCUUGGCAAACUGUGGCGUUUGCUUUCCGAGAGCGAAAAGAGACCAUUUGUGGAUGAGGCAGAGCGGCUGAGGGUUCAGCACAAGAAGGACCACCCAGACUACAAGUACCAGCCCAGGCGGCGGAAGAACGUCAAGCCGGGCCAGAGUGACUCGGACUCUGGUGCCGAACUGGCCCAGCAUCUUCAUCACCAUCAUCAUCACCACCACAUGUACAAAGCGGAACCGGGGAUGGCUGGACUUGAAGGGGUGGGCGACGGCCACCACCGUCCUGAACAUGCAGGACAGCCUCAUGGCCCACCGACACCACCCACCACCCCGAAAACGGACGCGCACCAUGGCGUCAAGCAGGACUUGAAGAACGAAGGCCGCCGCCUGGCCGAUAGCGGCAGGCAGAACAUCGACUUCAGCAACGUGGACAUCUCGGAGCUGAGCACGGACGUCAUCAGCAACAUGGAGGCCUUUGACGUGCACGAGUUUGACCAGUACCUCCCCUUGAGCGGCCACGCCGCCGCUUCCUGUUCUGCGGAGCAGGCCUCUUACGUCUCCCCCUACAGCGGCAGCUCGGUGUGGAACCGCAAGAACGCCAUGGCGGUUGAGGCAGCGCAGCACCGCCUCCACAUCAAAACCGAGCAGCUGAGCCCGAGCCACUACAGUGAGCGCUCCCCCUCGGACCCAGACUACAGCCCGUACAACAGCCAGGCCUCGACGGCCUCUUUCCCCGCCUCCUCCUGUGACUAUAGCGACCUGCAGAGCUCCAACUACUACAACCCUUACGCCGGCUACCCAUCGGGCCUCUACCAGUACCCGUACUUCCACUCGCAGCGGCGACCCUACGGCAGCCUGGCGGUGGCACCCGCUCACAGCCCCGCCGCCUCUGGCUGGGACCAACCAGUCUACACCACGCUGACCCGCCCUUGAUGGGCGGGACAGACUUAAGCACUACUAACAAAGGAAAAGCAAAAAAGUGCCUGCUGAUUUUCUACAACAUACUCUAUCUUUGCAACACUUGACUUUUGACGCCAAAGGAAACUAUUGGCGGUGCCUCCGUGAGGACGUAUUUUCUUUCUACGGCCUGUAUGUGUGUGUGUGUGUGUGUGUGUGUUUUUUGUUUUGUUUUUAUGGCCUGCACUUAACGAUGAAACACUAGCUUCUUUCACAGAGAUUCCGCAAAACAGCUGCAUUGACGAGGUAAUAGAAAACAUCAGCGUUAAAGUCGCUGUAAAACCAAACAAAUGUCUUCACAGAGAAGAGGGUUGGAGUUAGCAGAAACAACUGAAUGCAAACGUGUUAAACUGAUCACUUGGGAAACAAGUUGUGUCUGCUGAAUUUGUGAAGCCCUGCUAAAAAAUGCAUGCUUUGGGUUUGGAAAAACACCUCAGUUGACUACAAUAUUUCCUCUUCAUGGGAGACACUGGCCUUCAGUAGAGCACUCUAACUAGCUCACUGCAUGCUAUCGUGAUCGAAAUCCUCAAGUGGGGGCCACGGGGUGGUUGCCAAUUCCAGCCACGGCCUGAAAAUUGUGAAAGCAGUUUACCACGACAGAAUGUCUCUGCAGUUCUACCAUACUCCCAAACAAUGCGAACCUACCGUUAAUUUCACGUUUUCAGCGGUUCUCUUAAAAUGUCUCAUGGAUUCACUCUAUUUAAAUGCAAAUGGAAUUGAGCCUCAGCUUUUGGGUUUCACCCUAAUCAGAUGACAAACUUCUUGUGUCAGGGCAGGAGAAGUGAGUGUCCCACCCACCUUUCGGAUUUUCCCCUUCACACAUGCGCCAUUUCUGUCACAACUCUGAAGAUUGCCUUUGUCAAUAUGCACUUGCAUCCUGACUUGAGCAAGCCGUGCACAAAGGGAUGCUGACCAAUUCCAGCCUGAUUAAAUUCCAAACACAAGGAAGUGCAUUUUGAAAUUCCCUCACAUCAAGUCUUAAUGGAAGCAAAAGUGACUAUAAUAUGAAACUUACACUGUAAAAGUCUUAGACUUGUAUAUAUUUAUCUUUUUACUUUCAUUGUUGGUUUCUCUUGUAGCGGGCACACGUGAAUGACUUAUUCCGAUUUUUGCUUUGAUUGAAGAUCUCAUUCCAAUGAAGACAAUUCCAUCGAAAGCAAAGUUCCUCGUUACAAGUGCAACACAACAGGUGUCAGCAAUCUAUGCCUGGCCAAUUGCGAUUGGUCAUGUUAGGGCUUACGAAAAUGGGAUCAAAUAACACCGGCCGCUCUGAGUGAUGCGUCAGCUGGACGACACAUGGAUGUGUGUCCGCGCCAAUUCUAGUUUAAAUUUUCGUUUUGUACAUUAUGUAUAAUUUUGACAAAAAGGGUUGUACAAAUAAUUGAUUAUGAACCCAUUUUUCCAAUCGCACACACUUGCAAAGCUAACCCAUGUGCUGGCUGAUUUUUUUAAUAAAUGACUUGCUCCUA